UACUGCAUUAUGGAUAAUAUAUUUGGAAAGGAAGACUCUGGAAAUGAAAGCGAACAUGCAGAUAUUGAGGAGAAGGAAGAAAAAAGUAGUCCUUCGCAAAAUUCUAUAACCAAAGAUGUAGAAUCAAUGGAUGUUGAUAAUAUACAUGUUAAGGAAGAAUUUGAUGCGAUGAGUUCACAGUCUCAAUCAGAUGGAGAAGAAGUAGGAUCAAACUUAUCAUGUACCGUAGUAGAAGAUCAAUUAGAAAUUGUUAAACAUGAGAUUGAGAGUAGAGAGGAAGAACAAACUACAGAAGAUAUAUUUGAAAAUGACAUAGUAUUACCUCAUGCAAAUCCAACAAAUGUUAAAGAAAGAAGAGAAAGUAAAGAGAAAAGUAAAAAAGAAUUGGAAGAGGAAGAAAGAGAAAAGAUGCACCCUUGAUGUUAUGGAAGAUCAUCAAGAAUCAGGGCCAUUACAACCAAAACAUUUAAGAGAAGCAGUUAGAAGAUUAAGACUACAAGGGCAAAUUCCAAAUGGUCUUUAUGAAACUAGUACAAAUAAUCAAGAAGUUAAUCCUUUUUCUGCUGAAUUAAAUUCCUUACAAAAAAUUCGGACAAACAUUAAAAAGAAAAUUAUUCCACGGUUUUUCGGAUUUAAUAAUGAAAAAUACAAAUGUAUCAAAUUGGAUCAAUUAAUAUCAGAAUGGCAUAGUCGACUUUACUGUAAAACUUCAUCAAAUCAUCGGCGCAAAUUACUUAGUUAUUUAAAUAAACCACUUUAUGAAAAUUCUAUAAAAAGUACGCAACCACAUGAAGAAGAACAAAAUAACUUAAAGGAAAUAGGAAAUCUUACUGACAAUAAUAAUGAAUUGUGGGAUGACUGGAGCAGUUGGAGUACGUGCAGUGUAACAUGCGGAAGUGGUCGUCGAGUUCGUUGGCGUCAUUGUUCAGCAGAACAUUGCAUAAAAGGGUUGAAGAGAGCACAAAUAAAACCAUGUCAUUUAAAAAAAUGUGACACUAAAAAUGUUCUUCACUGGCUUGUAAUGCAAAUUAUGUUAUAUAAUUUGGUAAAAUCGUUUAUUAAAUCAUUUAUCAUUAUAUUUAUUUUUGUGGAAUGUUUACCAAUUUUUCAGUCUGAAAGUCAUUUAAGUAAUACUGUAUUAAUUCCUUACAAACAAUCACUUCCCUCACAAAAGGAAAAUUUCCAUCGUACAGCGGAAAGAUCCGCUAUUACAAAUAACGAUAACGAUGAAGAGGGAAAAAAUGAACAAAAAGGUAGAAUGAACCGUCAAGGACCAAAAAUAUGGGAUCAAUGGGGAAACUGGUCAAGCUGUAGUGUUACUUGUGGUAUAGGAAAAUUAACGAGAUGGAGACAUUGUAUAGGUGGAAGUUGUUUAUUAGGUGAAAAGAAAGCACAAUUAAGGACUUGUACUCAUGCAGCAUGUUGA